GGGUUGGAUCUUAAAUGUUAGAGUUGAAGCCUCGCUCAUAUUUAAACCAAGCUUUCUUCCCCUUCAUUUCUGUUUGAUUUGAACUCCCUUUCUGUCCUUCCAUUUUCCUUUUGUCAUGGAUGAGCAGAUAGAUGAUGCUGAGUUUUGGCUCCCCUCCGAGAUUUUAAUGGAAGAUGGUAUUCUUAUGGGAAAACAAAAUAACACUGAAUUGUUCCCCUACGAGUUUGAGCACUCAUACGACUCGUUCUCAGCUCUUAGCUUCCCCGUUGAAUCUACUGUUGGGCCUGCUGAGACUGAGAGCAGUGACCGGGAUGAGUUUCUUGCUGGGUUGACUCGCCGACUUGUUCUCUCCAUGAAUCAUAAACUCACCCUAUAUGGUCUUUCCCUCAACAACAACGAGGAAAAUGGAGGUUUGGCGAGAUCAGCACAGUGGACUCAGAGCAAUGGCGGUUCUCAAGUAGCGAAAUACAGCGAUCGAGACAUUAACCAUGGAAGAAACCUACCCAACACUCAAAACCAUGGGUUUAUGAAGAAGUCAAACCAGAGUGUUUCUUGUAAUCUUGCUCAAACAAAUCAUUAUGAUGGAAGGCAAAUGAAGGCAAGAAAUAAGCAGCAGCAGCAGCCGAAGCAGAAGAAGAGUAGCUUAGAGAGUAAUAAAGUAGGUGAAAGGGGUGAAUGUUCAAGGGCUUCAUUUCAAGUUCAAUCACAACUACAGCUGCCUACGAGAGUGAUUUUACUUCAGGGAUUUCGUAAUGUUAAAACAGAGUCCGUUGGAACUGGUGUUUUCUUGCCUCGUAAAUAUCACAACAAACCUUCUAAGCCUCGCAAGAAAUCAGCUGUUUUGAUACCCAGAAGAAAUGCAAACUUGAGACAAGAAAAUAGAAAUGAUAGAGCAAUGGGAAGCUUCAAUCUGCCUCAGGAUUGGACUUAUUGAGCCUCUGGAAAUUGGUCUUUGGUUUGCUGGAAAAUGGCAGUUCAUGUGAGGAAAGGAAUUCAAGAGUAUGUAUUAUAUUAAUAAAACUUUUGAUUGAGGUUGUGUAACCCUCAAUCGGUUCAUUAACUCGGUUAGGAAGUUACGAGAAUAUUUUUUCAUAAUUAAAAUAAAUAAUAUUAUUUAAAGGUA